AUGGCUUCCAACAAGGAAAGAAUUGAGCAAUUAGAGGCUGGAAUUGGCUCAAUCCACGACAAUGUCAGCCGCAUUGAGAUGGGUAUGGCCGAUAAGUUCCAACAACUGGAAACCACACUACACCGCGUGAUGGAAACUGUCUCAAUCUCCAGGGAGGAAGUCGUCGGAUCUACCGGAGGGCGGCGCCGCGACAGCCAUCACUCGGGAAGGGCAGAAAACAGUACACCCAUGUUUCAAUCCAAAUUUGCCAAACUAGAAUUCCCACGAUUUGCAGCAGGGGAUCCAACUAUGUGGCUUACCAAAGUCAAACAAUUCUUUGAUUACCAAGAAACACCUGGAACACAAAAGGUGCAGUACGCUGCCUACCACUUGGAGGAUGAAGCUAAUGAGUGGUGGCAAGCCACCAAGCGGGCUUAUGCAGAGGAGGAGGCCGAGAUAACCUGGGAAGUCUUUGAGGAGGAAUUGUGGGCCCGCUUUGGACCUACUGAGUGUGAAGACUUUGAUGAGGCCCUAUCUAAGAUCAAACAGGUCAGGACUUUCCAAGACUACCAGCGGGAAUUUGAGAGGCUUGUCAACAAGGUUCAGGGAUGGACUCAAAAGGCUUUGGUGGGCACGUUUAUGGGUGGGUUACAUCCGUCCAUUGCUGAUGGAAUACGAAUGUUUCGACCUAAAUCACUAAAAGAAGCCAUUAGCCUAGCUCGCAUGAAGGAUGAACAGCUACAACGCCAAAGGCGAACCCAACCCAACACUCCCCAGAUACAAAGAAACACACAACAGAAUUCAAAGGGAUCACUGACAACCAAGCGACUCAGUUGGGAGGAAAUACGCAAGAAGCGAAGUCUUGGCCUUUGUUUCAGUUGUGAUGAGCGCUACACCCUUGGACAUAAAUGCCGCCAGCCGCAGCUACUCCUCAUGGAAGGCGAGUUGGGGUGGGAAUCCAGUGAAAUGGAAGAACCUUUGGUGGAACAAGAACCUGAAAUCUCCCUCUAUGCUUUGGUGGGUUGGAGUGAAAGCCGAACCAUGCGGAUUUAUGCGCAAAUUGGGCAACAUCAGCUUGUGGCGUUGAUAGAUAGUGGUUCUACUCAUAACUUUAUCAGUGAGAAAAUGGCCACCAUGUUACAGCUUCCGGUUGGUCCCACCCGGCCUUUUCCGGUACGCGUCGCCAACGGAACACCAAUGCAGUGCCAAUGGAAAUACGAGACAGGACUCAGGACAACACCCAUCCAACCUGUAGAUUUUCAAUGCCUCUCUAAGGAAGCUCGCCAAGGACAUGCUCUAUUUGCCAUAUAUGCUACAGAAGAGGGCAAUUCAACGCCUGUACAGCAAGAACUCAAAGAAUUAAUCGAGGCAUUCGAUGAUAUUUUUCAGGCACCCUCACAGCUGCCUCCUCAACGAGAUAUUGAGCACCAAAUCACUCUGAAAGAGGGCACCGACCCAAUCAACGUCCGACCCUAUCGCUAUGCCUACUUCCAGAAGGACGAGAUUGAGCGGCAAGUGAGUGACAUGUUGAAUUCGGGGUUGAUUCGCCCCAGUUCCAGUCCAUUCUCUUCACCAGUGCUCUUGGUAAAAAAGAAAGACGGAUCCUGGCGGUUCUGCACAGAUUAUAGAGCCUUGAACGCGGCAACAAUAAAAGACAGAUUUCCAAUUCCUACAGUAGAAGACAUGCUGGAUGAACUUCAUGGAGCUGCCUAUUUUACUAAACUCGAUCUCACUGCCGGUUACCAUCAAGUGCGAAUUCAUCCACCUGACAUUUACAAGACGGCAUUCAGAACACACAACGGACACUAUGAAUAUUUAGUGAUGCCGUUUGGGCUAUGCAACGCCCCGUCCACAUUUCAAGCCUUGAUGAACUCAGUCUUCCGACCUUUUCUUCAUAAGUUUGUGCUGGUAUUUUUUGACGAUAUACUGGUUUACAGCUCGUCUUGGCAGGAGCACCUACAACAUGUGAAGACAAUAUUUAAGCUGCUGCGGCAACACCAACUCUUUGUCAAAUUUAAAAAAUGCGAGUUUGGGAAACACGAGCUCGAAUACUUAGGCCAUAUCAUCUCUGCUGACGGUGUGAAAGUAGACCAAUCGAAGAUCCAAGCAAUGUUGGAUUGGCCACGACCGACAACAGUCACCGAGCUCCGGGCAUUCUUAGGACUUACUGGAUAUUACCGUAAGUUCGUUCACAAUUAUGGCAUUAUAGCUCGUGCACUCACUAAUCUCCUUAAAAAAGGAAAAUUUCAGUGGGAUGAAGCUGCAAAGAAAGCAUUCGAGAAUCUUAAGGCGGCCAUGACCACUACUCCUACACUGGCCUUACCCGACUUCAGUUCGCCAUUUGUCAUUCAAACCGACGCUUCGGGUGAUGGAAUUGGUGCUGUCUUAUCUCAGAAUGGGCGCCCAAUCGCAUUCAUGAGCCGUGCCCUGGGAGUUUCCAAACAAUCCUUGUCAACCUAUGCUCGUGAGAUGUUGGCAAUCAUUGUGGCGAUACAAACUUGGAGACCUUACCUCCUUGGCAGGAGGUUCACCAUUCAAACUGACCAGCGGAGCUUGAAAUACCUCUUGAAACAACGAAUUCUAACUCCUGAGCAGCAGAAAUGGAUGUCCAAGUUGGUGGGCUACGAUUAUGAGAUCGUAUACAAACCGGGGAAAACCAACCAAGCAGUUGAUGCACUUUCCCGGAACAUGACCAGUCCAUGUUUAAAUGUUUUUUUUGUUCCUCAGGUGGACACUCUGGGAUCUUGCGGACCUAUAAACGACUCUCCCAGCAAUUUUAUUGGCCCUCUAUGCGCCGUUCAGUCCAUCAGUACGUGGCGGCUUGCGAUGUGUGCCAAAAAGCCAAAGCAGAAACUAUGUCUCCGGCAGGUCUCUUAUAGCCCUUACCCAUUCCUUGUCAAGUUUGGGAUGAUAUCACAAUGGACUUCAUCGACGGCCUACCUCGAUCGGAUGGGAAGACUUAGCCUACCUCGAUCGGAUGGGAAGACUUCAAUCAUGGUUGUUGUUGAUAGGCUAAGUAAGUCCGCUCAUUUCAUCGCAAUAGCUCACCCUUACACUGCCAAAACCCUUGCUAACAAGUUUGUGGAAGGGGUGGUCAAGUUGCAUGGUAUGCCACGCUAA